AUGCCUGAAGACAGUAAAAGUGGUGGAGAACAGUGGAUUCAGAAAAGAAAGGUCAACAUUCGCAGCCAGGUUGGAGGCAUGUUUGUUGAUCUGAAGGGCGGAGGUGGAGGCUACCCUCCUGUUAUCUCAUUUGACGAUAAGACCUGGGAGACCAAUCCGAACCAGCAUUGGAUUAUAUUCUCUACCGAUUUGCCGGGCGAUACUCGUGUUAUGAUCAAGAGUCCAGUGACCGGCGGCUUCCUGUCUGCCUAUGGCCAUAAGCGACACGUUGAUUGCGAAACGAACGACAUUUGGGACGAGAAGUUUCGCUGGUAUAUGGAAGGAGGGGAUAUCAAUAACAUGACUGAAGAUCAAGUUGUCAGAAAUUUCGGCUCUGGUUCCGAUAAAGGUUUUAUUUACAUAGUAUAUCAGAGGACUGACUUGUUCCCUGAGUAG